CCCAAUUUUCUCUCCUUUUUGCCCUAAAAUCAUUAGGGUUUCUUCUUUUUUGCUCUCGAUCGAGGGUUUCUUGGGUUUUUGCGGCUCGGUUUUGCUGGGGAUUUCCUUCAAGUGUACUCAUGCAGAAACUCGUCGGUUACAGUGGGGAGGGUGAUUUUUCUCAUCGGAAGUCAAUGUACACAAAUCCAAUGGAUUUGGGUAUUUUCUCUUCUCUUGGACAUCAUGUUGAGGUGUAUUCCUUACCUUGCAAGAGAUCUAGAAUCAGUGCUCCAUUUGUAUUCAGUGGGGAAGUUUGUAAGAAACAGAAAACCACCAUUGAAGUGCUUCCUGAUGAAUGCCUGUUUGAGAUUUUUAGACGCCUCGGUGGAAACAAAGAAAGGAGCUCAUGUGCUUCUGUCUCGAAGCACUGGCUUAUGCUUUUAAGCACCAUCCAUAGGGAUGAGAUUAGCAAGGAUUCAGAGAAAGAAUCAAUCCCCAGCGAUGGGCACCUCUCGAGGUGCCUAGAAGGGAAAAAGGUUACAGAUGUCAGACUUGCAGCGAUUGCUGUUGGAUCCGCUGGUCAUGGAGGGCUCGGAAAACUUUCCAUCCAUGGAAACAAUGUUGUUCGUGGGGUGACCAACUUUGGACUCACGGCGGUCGCUCGUGGUUGCCCUUCUCUUACGGAUCUUUCCUUGUGGAAUCUAUCAUCCAUUUCAGAUGAAGGCCUUGUUGAAAUCGCUAGUGGGUGUCAUCGGUUGGAAAAGCUUGAUCUUUGUCAAAUACCAGCAAUUUCCAACAAGUCUUUGAUGGCUAUUGCAAACAACUGCCCUAACCUCACGGAACUAUCGAUAGAAUCUUGCUCAAACAUCGGCAACGAAGGCCUUGAAGCGAUCAGUCGAAGCUGCCAUAACUUGAAGUCUAUUUCGAUAAAGAACUGCUUUCUAGUUGGAGAUCGAGGAAUUGCAAGUUUGUUGUCAUCAGCAAGUUAUUCCUUGAAGAAAGUAAAUCUACAGGCUUUAAGUCUCAGUGAUUUAUCGCUUGCUGUUAUCGGACACUACGGGAUUGCACUUACAGCCUUAGUUCUUGCUGGUCUUCCUAAGGUAACCGAGAAGGGCUUCUGGGUUAUGGGCAAUGGUCAAGGUUUGCAGAAGUUGAGAUCCUUAAUAAUUACCUCCUGCUCCGGAGUCACUGAUCUGGGGCUUGAAGCAGUGGGCAAAGGUUGCCCGAAUCUGAAGCAAUUUUGCCUUAGGAAAUGUUCGCUCUUAUCUGACAAUGGAGUAACGUCUUUUGCUAAAUCGGCACUUUCAAUCGAGAAUGUGCUGCUAGAAGAAUGCAACAGGGUCACAGAAUGUGGUGUUUUUAGUCUGCUCGUAAACUGCAGUAGCAACAUGAAAAGUCUUACUUUAGAAAACUGUUUCGGGAUUAAGGAUUUGGCUCCGCAAAUUCCUUUCUCUCGUUGCAACGCCUUCCGAUCUUUAUCCGUUCGUAACUGUCCCGGAUUCGGAAAUAACAGCUUGGUAUUGUUAGGUAAUCUUUGCCCUCAACUUCAACACGUGGAAUUCACCGGGCUUCAUGGAAUUACCAACGAGGGCUUCACCCCUCUCAUCCGGUGCUGUGAGGCUGGUCUAGUUAAAGUCAACCUUAGUGGGUCCAUGAAUCUGACCGAUAACAUGGUAUCCGAAAUAACUAAGGUGCAUGGCGAAACACUCGAGAUUCUAAAUCUUGAUGGUUGCAGAUCCGUGACCGAUGCAAGCUUGGUGGCCAUUGCAUUCAACUGCUUAAAGCUCAGUGAACUUGAUGUUUCUGGAUGCACAAUCACCGACUCAGGCAUUGCAGCCUUGGCAUGUGCGAUACAACUGAAUCUGCAGAUUCUUUCGAUCUCAAGAUGCCGUCUAGUAUCAGACAAGAGCUUGCCUUACUUUGCGAAACUAGGGGUUGGUGGUUUAAAUCUCCAGAAUUGUGAUGGAAUCAGCAAUCCUGCAGUUAGUCAUUUAGUGAACCGCCUCUGGCACUGCGAUAUCCUUUCCUAAACUCCGAAACCUGUAUCACUUUUUAUAGGUCGAGCGACGGUCUGUCUGCAUUCAGCAGUUGGUUCUCAAGGGAUUUGGCUGAUCCUCUUUUUUUUGCAGUUGAACUGUUAAACCAGUAGCAACUGCUGCAAGAGUUUUUUGGCCUCUUAAACAGGUCCUAUUUUUUUACAGCCCUAUUUCCUUGAAGCUUUCUUGCGGUUCUUGGAGACGCCUUUCGCAACGACCCUAGUUGUGUUUUAGCUUCUCACGAAGCUCCGUUAACAGGUAAGUAUGUCGUUUUGCUCGUAUGGUCCGUUUUCAUGUUAUGGGUAGACUUCAAUUCGAGUUUCUUACUAUAUUUCAGUUUGAGUAAUGGGUUGUUUUUGGUGGGCUUUGGGCAUGGCAGCAAAUUUAGUCUGCCAUUACAACUCUCCCUAUGGAGGGUUGUUUUUCAUUUUUUUUCAAGGCUUCACUUGUUUUUAACCUGUUGGUAUGUAACGGGUAA